UUGGCAUUUGAUAUGGAGUAUGCCCGGUGGCUUGAUGAACAUCAACGUCAGAUUAAUGAACUGAGGUCAGCAUUAAAUGCUCAUGUGGGUGAUGAUGAGCUGCGGCUUCAUGUUGAUAAUGUGAUCGCACAUCAUGAUGAAGUUUUUAGGCUCAAAACCAUUGGUACAAAGUCUGAUGUCUUCCACAUGCUUUCAGGCAUGUGGACGACCCCUACAGAGAGGUGUUUCAUGUGGUUGGGGGGAUUCAGAUCAUCUGAACUUUUAAAGAUACUGGCAAGCCAUCUUGAACCUUUGACAGAUCAGCAGUUGAUGGGUUUAUGUAACCUUCAGCAGUCAUCCCAACAGGCUGAGGACGCAUUGUCUCAGGGAAUGGAAGCCUUGCAGCAAUCUCUUUCGGAUACCCUUGCUUCAGCUUCUCUUGGCCCAUCUGCUGGUUCUGAUAAUGUUGCAAAUUACAUGGGCCAGAUGGCGAUUGCCAUGGGCAAGCUAGGAACACUAGAGAGCUUCCUUCGGCAGGCUGAUCUUUUGCGGCAGCAGACCUUGCAUCAAAUGCAUCGCAUAUUAACAACUCGUCAAGCAGCCCGUGCACUGCUGGCCAUCAGUGACUACUUCUCUCGCCUCCGGGCACUUAGCUCUUUAUGGCUGGCUCGCCCUAGGGAUUAGUGGUAAUAAUAAUUGUAAAGGGGAUAAUAUAUGAUUAAGAUGCAAGCGAUGGACGUUGCAGUGGAGUAAUUUUGAUGGUGCGAGUAAACUUAGGAAGGGCCUCUUUAGAAGAAGGAUGGAUGUGCUCCAUUGCUUUAUUCUUCAUGCCUUAUGGUGUAAUUAUAAUUAAUGAUUUAUAUAGAUGCAUUUGAGAUAUCAUGCUUGUAAUGCUUGGUUAUCUUUGUUAAAAGUGCUGCAUGCAUGUGCAAGGUCAGGGGUAGUUUGACUAAUGUCUUCUAAGCCAUCUGAAGCAAACAAUAGUGCCAUUUAAAACUAGAGAAGGUACUCUCAGAAGCAAAUGUAAUCACUGCUUUGUCAGACUCAGCAUAGACUGUAAUGUUCAACAUUGACAUUGGUCAUAGGGAAAAUUCAUCAGAUUGGAUGUAGUAGUCUUUGGACAAGGUAGAGAUUCCGAUUGUUAGGUUAUGUUUAUUAUCAGUUGGCAAUGAUCCCGCUAGAAAAGGGUUUUCAUGUGGAGGUUUUAAGUAGGAUGAGCGGAAACCAAAAAAUACAUCAACUGGGGGCUG